UUCAUUCUGCACUUAAUUUUCCGUUGUUUGUAACGGCAUUUUACCGCUUUGUUUGUGUGAAAUGUUAGUAAACGUAUUAUAUAUUAAAAGAAAACCAAAAAGUUAAAUAUGUAAUUUCAAAGUAUCGAAUAUAUUAAUCUCGCAAAUUUGUCUACUUGAAUGGUUUUAAGUACAUUCUUAUCAAGAAUAUGUUGACACGGCAAAUACUGUCUAAUUUCAGCACGUCUUUUAUACUAUUUGGAUAUUUUGGAAAUACCAAUAACGUGGAUAUUUUCAGAAACGGACGAAAGUCUCAGACAAGCAACAGAUACAUUACUUCUUUACUUGGAUACUCCGGUGAGCUUAACGGAAGUACUUGUCAGCAUGGAUAUGUUAACAAUACAAACAUGAAGACACACAUAGCAUUUUUGAAAGUUCAUAAAGCGGGAUCAAGUACUUUGCAAAACAUCUUUUUUAGAUUUGGAUUAAAACAUAUGUUAAACGUCCUUGUUCCAAAAACAGGGAACUUUCUCCAUGGCAGAUACCAGAUAAUGCCUCUUAAACAAAAUGAACAUUACGAUAUAUUUGCAUGUCAUACAUAUUACAGAAAAGACAAGUUCGAAAGCCUGUUACCAGCAGAUGCGGUCAAAAUUGGAAUUGUACGUCACCCCUUAGGAAGAAUGAUAAGCUCUGCAUUUUUCUAUCGCGAGGUAUCGCGGUUUAAAUAUUUGGUGAACGUACCAAGUAAAAGAUUUGUUAACAAUUUAGUUAACUUUCCAGAGAAAUAUGAUCCUAAAUAUUUUUCAUUUACGAGGAAUUCAAUGGCCAGAGACUUUGGUUUUCCGAUGUUUCAACCUUCAGAUAUAAAAAAUAUUCGGAAAUAUCUAGAUAAGCUUAAUUCAGAGUUUCUGUUAAUUCUAGUACUAGAAAAAUUCAACGAAUCACUUGUUUUGUUAAAGAGAAUUCUAAAUUGGGAAUUAAUAGAUAUUUUAUAUCUAGCCAAAAACACUCAUCAACACGAGCCUGUUUUUUUGAAUGAGACAGAAGUUGAAAAAUUUAAGAUCAUUAAUUUCUUAGACUAUGAGAUUUAUGAAUAUUUUUUGAAAGUGUUUGAAAUGAAAUUGCAGAAUACUUCAAAAGAGUUCAAUGACGAGGUCACGUUUUUUAAAACCGUCCUAGAGAAAGUUGACGUGUUUUGCAACACACAAAACGAUACACUUGUAUUUGAAAGCUCAAAAUGGAAUGACGAGUUGACAGUAUCGAUGACAGACUGUGCAUUAAUGAAAAGAACAGAGUUAUCUUUCAUUGCUUUGCUAAGAAGAAAAUUGACUGAAAAUUGAUGGAAAUCGAACGCGUUAAGCAUGUUUAAGGUGGAAUGCGCCUACAAUUUGAUUUUUUUAAAAAGAGGAUUCUACGCCAAUAAUUCCUUUUAAAGAGGCAAAUUUAGCUUUUUUACAUAUUUUUCUCUUUUUUUACACAAGAGUGUGGAAAUUUCCACGACAAUAUGUAAAAUAGCACAACGUUUUAAUUCAUUUUUCAUCGUUUUUGCGAGUGUGGAAAUUUCGACACCACAAAUACGUUCAUGAAUACCCUUCUAUAUGUUAGUAAAAUAGCAACAAAUGUAGUUGACAUAUAGAUAAGUAUUUAUUGGGGAAAUAUAACAAGUAAUAACAAACAUUGUGGAAAUUUCCACACCUCGUUAAAUGCAUGAUAUAACAGGGUAUAAUAUCAAAACAUGGUAAUUUCAUCAUUUUCCCUUUACAAACACUUGUCACAAUCUUGCUGUGGAAAUUUCCACGUCAACCCAAAUUAUUCUAUAAAAAAAUGAAUAUGUUUAAAAUCAAUUUACACUAAGACAUUUUAUCACUUGUACAAGUGUGAAAAUUUCCACAAUAUAUAUAUUGUCUGAAUGUGUUUGUCCUAAACGUGGAAUAUUUUUCAAAGAGUCAUCUUUGGCAAACUGUAACAAGCAAUAAAAAAAACAUUGCGGAAAUUUCCACACCUCAUAAAAAAAUGCAUAAUAAGAUAGGGUAACAUUUCAAAAUAGCCAAACAUUGAAAUUUCAACAUUUUCCGUUUACAAACAUUUGUCACACUCUUGGUGUGGAAAUUUCCUCGAUUUCAAAGAGUAAUCUUUGUCGUACUAAACAAGCAAUACAGACAUUGUGGAAUUUCCACACCUCGUUCAAUGCAUAAUAUUACAGGGUAACUUUUUAAAAUAUGGAAAUUCAAUUCAAAAUUUUCUAAACAACACAAAUUAGUCAGUAAAAUAUGAAACAUAAUAAUCUUUAAAAUCAAUUUACACUAAAAUCUACUAGUGUGGAAAUUUCCACAAUAUAUGUCAUCGAAAUGAUGUUUUGUCCUAUACAUGGAAAUUUCAACAUUUUAAAAACGACAUCUUAAGCUCACGCAAUAUAUCUAUUGACAGAAGUAACAAGGAAAAUUCAAUAUUUUCAGAAUUUUACAAGUAAUAAUAAACUGUGUGGAAAUUUCCACACUGUAAAUGCUUAGUUUAUCUAGUUCAAAUUUUAACACUUUCAAAAAAAAAACAAACGUGGAAAUUACGUUGUUUGUUAAUAUCUUUACAAAUUUCACUAUGACACAUGAAAAACAACAACCUUUAAAACAUUUAAAUUUAAAAACUUUCAUCAUUCUACGAUUGUGGAAAUUUCCACAUUAUUGCUUGUCCUGGCCUUUUUUUCACGUUAAAAAGUACCAAUGACAUCAUAGAAAUAAAUCGUGGAAAUUUCCGUUUUUCUUUCAAAUGAACGUAUAUAUUCAGCGAUUCAUCCCUAUUUUGUCAUCAAUCGAAAAUGCAUAAAGUAAAUUAGGGAAAAAUUGCAACAUUUAAAUUAUCUGUGGAAAUUUCCACGUUUUUCUUUUGGUCUAGUAUGAACGACUUUUACCACAUGUAUGCUUAGCGUGGAAAUUUCCACCUCCUGUGAAAAACCAUUUUGUUAGUGUUGAAAUUUCCAUAAUAUCACAUACGACAUACGACUUGCUGGUGAGCAGAGGCUUUCGCAACGAUCGGUCGUGCGAGGAUCAUGUUUAUACUUUAAAUAGUAUUUUUCGAAACAAUGAUAAUGUGUUUGCGGCUUACUUAUUAUCUGGAUCUAAUUUCCAGAUUUUAUUUACAUUGAUCAAGGAAAGCAUUUGACUUUGUGGACAGAGAUAUUAUGUUAUAUAAAUUGUUAUCCAUUGGAAUUGACGGUAAAAUAUAUCAAACUAUUAAAGCAAUGUAUCAGCACACUGUGACAGCCGUAAAAGUCAACGGAAAGUUAACCAACUGGUUUGAUUGCAAGACUGAUGUUGCUCAAGGAAAUAAUUUGUCUCCAACCUUAACCUUGGGAUUACUGUGGGAAGCACAAAAGUCUCUCUUCUCCUCUACGCGGAUGAUAUCGUUCUGAUUGCUGACAGCGAGACAAAGUUACAACAAAUGUUAGAUACCCUCCAUCUGUGGUGCACGAAAUGACGCGUGUUGAUAAAUACUAAAAAAUCCAAGAGCAUCCACUUUCGCAAAUGUCGCGCCUCUAAAACAUAAUUCAGUUUCCAUGUUGGUGACAAUCUGUUAGAACUCGUUUCUGAGUACAAAUAUCUUGGAGCUAUUUUCACUGACAAGGGUACCUUUAACUUACACUGUGAAUCGUUAAGUAAAGGCGCAUGUAGAGUUCUCGGUGGAAUCAUCAAUAAGAUACAUGAAUAUAAUGGUUUUGGAUUUAAAUCUAAUAAUAAGCUCUAUUACAGCUGUGUGGUUCCGAUUUCAAAUGCUCGAGUGUAUGGGAAUUCAAACAUUUUCAAGACAAUGAUAAUGUACAAAACCGAGCAAUUCGUUUAUACCGUUUGUCCCAUGUGCAGCUAUUGCCGGUGACGUAGUUUGGCUACCUUGUCGAUAUAGGCGCUGGUUCUGCUAAACUUAUGUAAAAAUGAACGCUCAACAAUGGCACAGUUCCGUUGCGGUAUCUUGCCGCUUCGUAUUGAAACGGGCAGAUAUGUAAAUGAGUCCGUACAUGACAGAAUCUGUACCCUGUGUAACUCUGUUGAUAUUGAAUAUGAAAUCCAUUUUAUGCUAAAUUGUGUUAUAUAUGAUAUACUCCGUCAAGACAUAUUUGGUAAUGUGUUCCAUGAUGAUAACUUCAUCUUAAACCUGUGAGGAAAAAUUAGUUGUACUUUUUAAGGAAAGCUGCGAAAUACCUUGUCAAAUCGUUUCUCCUUAGACGUAGACUUUUGUAUAGCACGUCAUAAUUACAAAUAAUAUAUUUUCAUGUUUAGUUCUGAGAUUUAUGAACUUUAACUUACAUAGGCGUAGUCGCUUUUUAAGAGCUUGAUUAAUUAUAGGCACCAAAUAUAUAUAAACAGACAUAAAUAAUUUUUCAGUACAUCAUUGUUAUUAUAAAAUGUAUCAUAAUGAUGCCAUAACUAGUGUCACAAUAGAAGCUGGCCUAUGUGUUAUCAUGUGCAAGAAUCCAGGGGUGUAGAUGGUCACAUGUAUGUAGGGAUUGACCCAGUCACUGUGACCGAUGCACUGCUGGUGGUAUUGCGUAUUGUAGCACAGGGAGCAGAAGCUCUUAUAUAUUACACACUUUAUAAUUAUGUUUAUCCUCUUUGUAUUUAAUAUUUCAUAAAGUAUUUCCAUUUCCGAUUUUUAAAAUUAAAAUCAUUCUUACUUUUAAUACAUUAAUUGCUUUAUUGACAAUGCCUAUUAAAUCGUCGUAAUAUUGUAUUGAAAUUACCGCAGUUCUGGACCUCUGGUAUAGUUGAGCUUGGUGCUUAACAGUAUAUCCUACAUACAGUAUAUUCUACAUAUAUCUUUGUAAGUUUCGCUUUUGAUAAAUGUAUAUACCAUAAUAUUUGAUCUGAUAUUUAUUGUUAUAUGUGUAUUUAUCUUGUCUCUACAUUCUGUUCAGUACGUAUCAUUUGUAUGUGACAUAUAGGCCCAUGGGGCCGGGUGUUUUGUAUUCACAUCAUUUUAUUCACGUGUAUGUAUAAAAACGUUGUAACACAUGUCGCUAUAACAAACAAUUACUUACUUACUUAUCACCAAAAGCACUUUUACCUGUUCCAAAUUAAACGUGAGAAUUUCCAGAUGAAAACGUUUUUAGUCCACUAAAUGAAUAUAUUGUAAUGAAAAGCAAAUGAUAACAUAAGUUGUGGUAAAUUCCACUGUAAUAUGAAAUGCUCAGUAUUUCAGAAUAACAUAUCAACUUUUUCAAGGUAUUUAAUUGUUGAAAAUUCCACGUUCUAUAUGUAGAAAUUUCCACAUUAUUGUCAAUAUGUUUUUGUUUUGGAUGUAAUGAAUGUUAUAUUGGUCAAACAGGAGAUAAACUCAGAAAUAGAAGGACAGUACCUGACCAACAAAUAAGAGACCCAUCAACAAGACAAUUGCCUUUAAGUACUCAUUUAGAUAUAUGCCCUAAAACCGUCCCUAAAUGUUCAAUAUUUCCUUUUUACAAAUUUCAUAGUAAUGAUGUUUCAGCUAGGUUAUCUAAAAAACGCCAUUUCAUUGAUAUUUUUAAACCGAAACUUAACCAAUAUUGAUGAUGUCACAAUAUUAACGUUGUGUACACGUGUAUGCAAAAAUGAUGUUGCUUAGCAAUUACACAUUUAUUGACGCCAUAUUGUAUUAUUUGCCCUGAUGAGUAUAAAGUAAUUUACUUUCUGUUUUGUUUGGUAAAAUUUCUUUAUAUCCGUUUUCAUCAGGACCUGGAUAGUUAGGGCCAGCCCACCAUCUAAACAAAGUUUAAAUAAAUCUCCAGAGAUAAUAACAGUAAUAAUAUUGAUUUCAACUACUCCCUACCUUCAAGGACUUCGAACAGAAAGCCAUUUUUGAAAUAAAGUUUGUUUUUCUUAAAUACAGAUUUAUCAGCUUUGAUUUGAAGUCAAUCGGAAAUUUCUGUAGCAUCUGUUACUUUCUGUGAUAACUGCUUAUCUUCAAAAUCAAAACGGGUUGGUACAAACUGCGCGUGAACUUUAACAUGUGUAGUAUUCGUAAAGAAACACUUCCUGCAUUGCUUUUUCUAGAUCUUAUUUUAAACCUUUAUAUAUUUUUAAAGUUUAACAAUAACAUCUCUAAAAUCAUCGACUCGUUUUGUUGUGGCAACAUCAAAGGCAGACAAAUUGUCGACAGCAAAUUGUGUUCUGGCUUAUCUUGUUUAAAGAGGUUAUUUUACUGCUGCAAUCGUUUUGCCGUUAUUGUUAAUUGCAUCAGCAUUCUUUUCUGUUUUCUUUUACAAUUGCAAAGUCCAGAUUAUUUUCUGUUGUCUACUCUAGUAUUACAUUCACCGAUACCUUUUUCUAAUAUAUCUUAAGUUUAAUUAAGUAUUCGUAGUUUUCAUUGUGUAGCGCUUUGUUUGUUUGUUGUUUUUUCUUUAUUUUUUAGGAAGUUACACUGUAUAACCGAUUGUUUGAUAGAAUUAUAUAUCUAAUCGGAGUUGGCACAAGUUGUACACGAACUUUAGAGGAAAUAAAGGCAAUAAACUAAAUUCUUUUAAAGGAGUUCAUCACAAUAUUUGUGCGCAACUCAAUCGCACAGGAAGCAAUAAAACCACUGAAAGCAAAUUUCACGAUUCGCCGCCGAAAGUGCAUAAUUCUAACUUGCAGCACACUUGCGUAAACAAUACCAUAUAUACUGACAAUAUAGGUCAUGCAUAUUUUACCUUACAAAGUGCCGGUAUUUAUUGGAGAAGUAGGCGUAGGAAGUUCGUGGCAAAGAAAUCAUCUCGCUCGAAUCGAAAACAUUGUGGACAUCCAAGUUAAUCUAUUCAGUCAAGUAAUGAUUUAGACGACUCGCAGUCACAUAAAAUUCCAGAAAAUCGUAACGUAGAUCUAUCUCCUUCAAGUUCAAAUGUGACUUGCCAAAAGUGUUGUUAAAUUUUUUGUGCCCCAUCCCGGAUUUCACGUAGUAAGACAAGACCAGAGUUGUCCUUCACAGUCAAAAUGUACAUAAAGGUCCUACAAAUUUGUGUAGUAUGUACCUCGAAAGUAUAUGGCCUAGAGUCAUCAAACCAUUAAAGAAUCUAAUUCAGCAUGCGAGGCUAUGCACCAUGGGUUUUACUUGAGGUUUUACUCAGUUAAACCAGAUUUAUGUCCCUUGACUUAUACGUAAAUGGCAUGAAAGCUUGUGUAAAACAUAUCUCAAAAAGUAUUUGACCUAGAUACAUGAAACCUUUAAGGAGUACUAUUCAGCAUGUGAGUAAGAAAAUUAAUCAUGAAACUGUUUAUAACAUUACGCAAUUUGUUGUGUAAGAAUAAAAGAAGGUCAUACUUAUGAGGUGGUUGGAGUAAUGAAAAUAUACUUUUGUGGGUGGGGUGAACAUUUUUGAUUUUUUCUUGAAAACAUGCACGUGUUGAUAUUAGCUUUUUGAGUUUGUAUUUUUUUGUCCUAAUUCUAGCUUACAUAAUCCAAAAUUUGUUAAAAUUCUGUCCGCUUGAUUUUUCAUAUUUUUAGGAAAUACUUUGCGUUUUUCUCAGAUUCAGAUACUUUCGACAUCUCUCAAGAAUAUUUUUUCUAUGUUAAUAUAUCUAUAUGUGGAUAUUUUAUGCAUAGUUAUUGUGGUUUCAUUAAUUGUGAUGCAAAAACAAUAAUAUCAGAGUGAAUUUUUAAGUAAAUAGCUGUUAGAACUUGUUUUAUUAUGACAUGUAUGUAUUGUUUCUUCUUAUAAAAGUAGCGAAUUGGUGUUUGUGAUAAACUUUGAAUGUUGAA